CAAACAAAUCAAAAUGUUUAAAGUUAUUGUAUUCGCCGCCUUUUUGGCUUUAGCCGUUGCUGUCCCUGAACCCAAACCAAAACCUGGACUUGUAGCUGCCGCUUACACCGCACCAGUUGUUGGAGCUCCUUUGGCUUAUUCUGCUCCGGUUGUAUCUGCUGCUUAUUCAGCUCCAGUCGUCUCUGCUUAUAGUACUUAUGGAUACACUGCUCCUUAUGCUGCCCCAGUUGUUUCUACUUAUCAUGGAGUAGCUCCUGGUGUUGCUGCUGCUUAUACUGCACCUGUUGUUGUAGGCUAAACUAUUUCCUGAAAUGAUUAAUGAAUAAAUGAUGAUGAUCCAAAAAAAUUCUUUUCUUUAACAAACUGUUAUAUGUUCUUUGAACUUGACCAUUACGAUAUGGCUUCAA